ACGACUAAUCAUCAAUAACGGUUGUAACUAUAGAGAUUUGUUCAUUUGUUUUGAAGAAACAUACACAAGUCAUGGUAAUUCAGAUCAUAUACAACAAGUGUUUAAAUUAAUUUUUUUUAAAUACAUCUACACACAAAAACGUAAAUUGGGUAAAAGUAUCUGUUGAAUUGGUUAAUUUAAUGGUUUUAUCUAAUAGCUACUAAAACAUUUGUGGGAUUUUACAUUAAUUAAUAAUAUUCAUGCUUAAGUUUAUGUGAUCAUAUACAUAAACACUAAAUGUCAUUAUUUCUUGAACAUCAACCAAUCACAGCGAAGUGCAACGAAUCGCAACCGUCACUGCAACAGCUUCGGAAGCCCUCAACUCAAAUUUACUUAUAAUUACUAAUUAACUGUAGUAACGCGAUAACAGAGUGAUUGUGUUUUAAACAAAGUCUUUACACCACUCGAAAAUGAACAUACCGAGGUUUAAAACAGCCAAAUCGCUGAAAAAGGCAGCGCAAACAACGUCAACAGAGAAUCUAGAUGAUGAAGAGAGCAGUCAGGAGAAAUUAAUUAAAGGACUUCGAAGUGCAAACUCUCAACUGACAGAAGACAACAGAAAGAAGACAAUUCUGCUUGGCCAGAAAAUGAAGGAAAUACAUGAUAACAUAAACAUGAUUAACAAACUCACAUUGGAAUUACAAUGGUGGAAAAAUCGCAGCAAUGAGUGUACUGUAGCUGUGAAAGCCUUGCAUGCAAAAUAUGUGAUGUUAUCUGAGGAUUUUGUGAACAUUGUUGUUCAGAGUACUAUGCCAGGUCACUUUGAUGUGGAGUAUCUUGUACCAAAAGAAACACCUGUAGACAGAUCAGUUUCUUUUAACACACCAAAUGUCCAACAAACUCGCGCUGUCAAGCCGAUGAUUAGCGGUCACACGAUUCACAACCCAGUUAUAAACUUACCACGAGUUUCUCCGGAACAAUUAGAGCGUUUGAGUAAUCAAGUAAGACUGGGAACAACUGAAGAACUUCCAGAAACUGAAGAGGACGAAAAUGUCGAUGAUUAUGCUAACGAAAAUGAAAAUUUAGAGGAAAUUGCACAGGAUGAUGAAGCAGAAGAAGUUCAAAAUGAAGAAAAUGGAGAUUUGUCUGAACCAGAGGCUAAUAUUUCACCAGAGGAGAUUGAUUCAACCAAUUAUGCACAAACUAAUGCAAGACUUGAUAUUAUCAUGGAGGAAACAGGUACAGACACACUGAUAGAUGCAACAAUACCACAAGUGACAAGAUCAGUGGUAUCCAAUUCAAAUAGUUUAUCAACGAUAGCGCCACAGGUUCCCAGCACAUCCAGAGCUGACCCCAGCACCUCGCAGUCGUCGCUUGUACUUGAAGACAGUUUGCUUACUGAUAUAUCAAAUACAGUCAGCCAGGGACACGUAACGGUGAGUCGCGGUAGACCGCGAAAGCGACCGAAUGUUACCUUUGUCCCCGAAGCGGACGACACUGCCCCGGACGAAACGAUUGAGGCUACAUUGAAUGUAGAGCUUUCAAAUACAGUGUUUGUUACUGGUCUCGGUGCUUCAACUUCAACGCCGGCGAAUGAGGUGCCUGUGGUGAAACGGCAACGCACCAGGCGGAGAAUUUCAGGAGUUGAGAAUCAUAACGAUGGUGAUUCGUUGGCUCGCUUGGGGGGUUCACAAAUGAAGCGGUGUUCAGUUGUGUUGAAACGUAUUGCGGCACCGAAGAGAAAAUCGUUGAGUCCAAGGAAGAGUCCAAUUGAGACUGAUACGCUGGCUACAACCUGCAAUACUAAUUUGAAUAGUAUGAGUCCUUCAACACUUGAAAAUUUAUCAUCGCCUAAAGGACGUCCGAAAAGAAAGGCGAAACCCACUAACUUGAAGGAGAAAAAUUUGAAAGGAAAAAUGCGUAGGAAGGCGGACGCUUCUACAAAACGUCGAUGAUUAGUAUCUGGUAGUUUAUAAACAGCACAUUUUUAUAUUGUGGUGAUUGCAUUGUUUGGAUACGUUUUAGUAAAUAUUUUUGAUUGCAUGGAUAGCUAGCGUUUAUUUUCUCAUUUGUUAUGAUAUUCAGAAUUUGUGUACAAAUGUAAAUGCUUGUAAAUCAAGUUUGAAGUACAUACUAGAAAAUUAAUGAUGUAAAUGCUAGGAAAGACAAUGAAACUGUUUUUAUUGUGAAUUGUUACGGAUAAUGAUUAUAAAUAAAGACUGAUCUUUAAAAGAGA